UACUGUGAACAAGCCUUUUACGACUCUAAUUCUUCCAUGUUUGAGUGGGUCCUAAGUCUGUUUGUCUUGCCGGAAGGGGUAGGGAAACUUUGCUUUCCAGUCAUUGCCAAGGAAUUCUUGAUAAUGAGUUGGAAGACAACACCAUGUGAUUCCCCUCUUGAACCCAUGUCUCUCUCAUUACUGAUCGGACCCCAGCAAUUGCUCCUUCACCUCUCAUUCCCCACUUAAUAGAGUAUCAUUUCCCUUGUAUCCCUUACAUCUAUAUAUACAAGUAAGAAUAAGUUCAUUGGCAACACUUAUCUUCACAUUCUCAAGUCCAAAGUUGUUUUAACUUCACUUUCCAAGUUCUUUGAGAUCUUUCUAUUCUUCCCUUCCAAAGGCACACAUCCAUAAAAAAGAAACCAUGCCUAUCCGCUUGCCUCGUAUUGUUAGUGCUAAGAAAGUUCCCAAGGGCUACUUUGCAGUUUAUGUUGGAGAAAACCAGAAGAGGUUUGUGAUACCGGUGUCAUUCCUGAACCAGCCUUUAUUUCAAGAUUUGCUAGGCUUAUCGGAAGAAGAAUUCGGAUACAAUCAUCCCACUGGCGGUCUCAGAAUUCUCUGCGAUGAAGACGUCUUUCUUGAUGUUACCUCUCGCUUGAAUUGA